UAGAGGCAGGCAGGAAUAUUUGCAGAAACGAUGGGAGAUGGACAGUACCGAGGAGAGUGGCAUAAUAAGGAAGAGAGUAGAUAGCCCUAUAUUCUACUCCAUAAUUAAACUAAACUGCACUGCAGCUAUUGAUCAAAUAAUGCUCAGUGUUUGAUCUUGUGUGACAGAUUCGGCGAUAUUGACUGUACUAGUUACUACUUACGCAGGCUUCAUUUUUUCAGUGAUUGUAAGAAGUAUUUCUAGGUUUUUGUCAUUUAAAUGUUGUUCUAGCACAAACUGAAUAUAUAAAAAAAAAAUGUUUUGUGUACAUUCAAUUACUUCAACCUUCCUUUAACUUAAAAAAAAACCGUACCUAUCUAAGGGUUAAGUUAUGUUCGGGUUUCUCCGGAUCAAGCAAGGGUAAUAGCCUUGAUAGCCUUGAUACGAUACGGCAUGCUUGAUAUUACAAAAAAUCGAGUUAUAAAUAGAUGGUAUUCUGUUUCUGAUCGCUUGCCGAGCGUAGGCUGAUUCAUUGCUCAGACGAACCAGUAUAAAAGCUCUCAAGAAAGCGUGUUAGGCGGCGCCAGCGUGAAAACCGUCUUAGUGCAACCUAAAAUAAAAGCAUGGGAAUAAUAAUAUAACAUACCAUCACUUACAAUACUUAUCGCUUAGUUCGGUGGGGGCCCAUUUGCACAGGACGAGCCAACGUCUGCUAAAUACAAAUAAGAUAACGUUUAUAAGGAACGCGUCAGGUUUUUUGCCAUUAGCCCAGUAAGUUAGUCCAUCUUUUUAGCCAUUAACCGAAAAAUUGAAAUUCAAUUAAUUCUAGACUUUGUACACCAUGGAGAGUGCUGGCUCUCCGUGCAUCGCAUGAUAUGACAAGGCUAACAUUUCACAAAAUUAAAUUAAUUAUGUAUUAAGCCGAAACGUCUGCAAAUGAUGCUAUGAAGCUUAGAAAUAAACAAAAAGUGGAAAAAUUUACUGUCUCGGGCAAGGCUCGAACUCAUGACUCUGGGUCACUGGUCCAUGCUUUGCCAACUGAGGUACCGAAACCUCACCCGACGAUAUCGAAUAUUUACACAAUAUGCACCUUAGGGAGGGGCCCUAGAGACAUCUCCCGUAAGAGUGUCACACUCAUAAACGACUAUCGGAGUUCCAAGUUUUAUUGGAAAUUCACCAGUAAUCACGAUGCGCUAAAUUUUAAACUCCAGACAAAAUUUUAAAAAGCUUAGGAACAACAAAUAAAAAAAAACACUUAAUUUAUUUUGACAAAUUGUCAGAAAGGCCUCUAUAGGGUGUUAGGAUCCACGUUUAUUAGUUAUUAGUACACCAAAAUGGCUUGGCCUUGACUUCAAAUAUAUCAGUUCCUGUUAUUUUAUCCUUUUUGAAGUCGGUUUUUACUUUCCGAUUCACUUUUGUCGAUUAACGAGUGUCAUUCUGGCUACGAGUAGUACGAGUAGGUACUAUUAUUUAUUCUGUGGCUUCGGCCACGGCCCCUGGAGCUCGACUCGCCCACGCUCGCACCAUCGAUCACAACACACAGCCUGCAGUUUUGUUGCAUUCUUUGGCCAUGAGAGGACCCAUCGCAUUUAAACAACCGAUGACAAAAAUAGAAGAAAAGCUAUAAUAGUCAUUACGGAGAAGGUCUUAUUAUAGAAAUAGGGAACACAAUGGCUGCACAAUGGUGCUCAUAUGAGCACCCUAUAAUGUACUUACCUAUAUGUGAACGUGUCAUGUAUUUCAAACGGAACGCGCAAAAAUACUAUAGUAUCUACAAUCAUCUUAUUUAUAAAACCUUAAUAGGGUGCUUUACAAUGUGUUUGUACACGUAUAGUGGAGCUGUUAACCACGUAUAGUACGAUUAAUUUUAUUGACAAAUCUCCUCCCAUACCUAUUUUUUUUCUCAACCAUUUUUAUAAUGCAGCCCUUCAAAGUUUUAUGGCGCCAACCAUGACUGCAAUUGGUUAAUGUACCAUUAUCUGUUCAUUUACCUAUCGCACAUAAAAAAAGCUAUGUAAUGUUUUUUUUUUCAAACAUAUUGUUUACGCAAAAUAUGAAUAAUAAUUUCAGGUGACUAUAAUAAUUCAGCCUAUAUAUGUCCCACUGCAGGGCAUAGGCCUCCUCUCAUGCGCGACAGGGUUUUUGGGCUAUACCUAGUCCCCACGCUGGCCCAAGUCAGGUGGGGACUAGGGCCACUAUAACUACAAUAAAUUGCGCUUACUGAUAACCAAGAACCGCGUUUAUUAAAUAAUUUAUAUGAAGUAAGUCAAAUAAUUAAGUACAGCAAGUUAUUGUAUUAGUACAGUUGUUGCCUUCUCUUAUAUAUAUAAUUUAAAAUAAUUCAGCCUAUAUACGUCCCACUGCUGGGCACAGGCCUCCUCUCACGUGCAAGAGGGCUCGGGCUAUAGUCCCCACGCUAGCCCAAUGCGGAUUGGGGACUUCUCUUAUCUAAUAAAAAAAAUUAAGCUCAUAAUUUCAAAAUAAAAAAUAAACAAAUACUUCAGGAUCAGAAUUAUCUUGACAAAAUCGGACGUAGUCACUGCGAUCCCGACUGUUAAGGCAAUACUGAUUGAGCAUCGUCGCUAGGGAUCGAUGGGUUCAGAAUUCCAAUUAUCGGUGGUGGAAACAGUUGAAAUGGGUCAGCAGGUAUCGGCCGCCCCCGCCCCAUCGCUGCGCGCUCUUCGUGCCACACUCAUUCUGUUUUUGCUCACCUUUCGACUCGCGCGCAGCCUCUGUCAUUGUUCGUGAACGAGCAUUUCUCUCACGUGGGAACGAUUGAAUCUUUUGUGCUUUACCCGCUAUUCCCCGGCCGCUAUACGACGGACAGCACGUAAUGAGAUGACUUUAUAAGUGUAAUUGUGAUCAGGAAAAACUGUUUUGUGAAAAUAUGACCAAGUUGAGGUGAUGCCGGGUUUCCUAGUGAAAGUUAAGUGAUGAUAGAACAAACAGAGUGAUCGGGAUCCUUCCUUUUAGAUAAGCGGAUACCAUGGCGGUCGCACCGAUACUCCCGUUCAUACUGCUAUCUGUGGUCUCAAGAAGUAAAUGCGAAUCCUCAACUGCAUACAUUUACAACAGCGGGAAUGGGGGAGCAUUUGGGGAGUUAUUGAAGCCACCACCACCGCCACUGUCACAAAUUAAACCGGUGCCGUUUCAUGGAGGUGCUAGCAGAUCGCAACGACAGAAUAUUGACCCUGGGUAUCAUUACCAACCUCCACCGCCGCCUCCACCACAGGCGCUAUCAUCUGACUUCAAAUUUCCGGCUCCUUUUUACAAACAAUACAAUUUUAAUUUUGUACCUCCUCCUCAGCCUUUCACAACUCCAUCUUCUUCGCUAUUCCAAAAAGUCUCAAGUUGGUUAUUCCCUUCUCAAGAAACAGAAGCAGUAUCUGUGUAUAACAACAAUAACAAUAUAGCCCCUAUAAAAAAAGAUUGUAAUCCCUGCAAUCUAGUGCCAUGGAUUCCAGUAAUAAGAUACGAUUUGGAAGGUAAAAGUUUGCAGCAAAGUUUGAUACCAACUUAUGGACCUCCGAGUCCCACCGCACAAAACGUGGUCCAAUUUAGACCACGGCCAUUUUAUUCACAAAAUCAGGAAGUAUCACAUAUAUCAACAGGGAUACCGCAUGAAAAUUAUGGUCCCCCGAUCCGUCCUCUAGAUAACAACAAUGGCUUCGUAAGCUCCACAUACGGACCACCGAGUCCAACUCAUACGGUAGCAAAUCCGACUAGCUCUACGUUUAUGCCAAGUUCAUCAUUCCCAGUCCAAAGUUCAUCAUUUGGGUCCAGUUCAUCUUAUAACUCAGUCAGUAAUUCAUACAAUGCUCAAAGUUCAACUUACGGACAACCCAGUUCUUCGUACAAUAUUCCCAGCUCUACAUAUGGCGCACCUAGUUCAUCGUAUGGAUUACCAAGUUCAACUUAUGGUCCACCUAUUUCUACUUACUCUACACCUACGCCAUUAUAUGAGUCACCGAGGCCUUUGACAUCAACUUACAUACCUGUGACUCCUAGUUACGAGCCUGGAGUAAUAAAUAAUGACCUCCCUCAAGAUAAUCAAAUAGAUGUUAUACAAAACUCUCUUCCUUCCGAAGACUUACAAUUACCAAAAGUGUCCGCUCCGAUAGGGUUUCAAAAUUCAUACGGGGAGCCAAUUCCAAGCACGUAUGGAGCAGAUAUACCUUUUCCAGUAUCGGCUACUGCAGCAGAAUCAUCUAAAAUAAGGACUGAAGUUUUACCUAUUGAUGGGACCAAAGGAUUAAAUCCCAAUCAUUCAUUAGCUCUGGCAAAACCAGCCCCAUUUACUUUGAAUAGAGGACGAAACAUUCAUACGUUACAACCUGUUGCUUUACCGAACUUGAGCGUAUCUCCAUUACCACCAAUAUUUAACGCGCGACCAUUCCGGCCGUUACCUAACUUGCCCUUAAACCAUGCGCUUGGAAUAAAACAAGUGCAACAACCAUCAAAUAAUGUUAAUAUACAACAAAGCUUAGCAAUUGCCGAAUACACUCAUUCUAUAGAUUAUCCUACAUCUAUAGUGCAAUCUCCACUUAUCGAUAUUGAUGUCGGAAAAAUAUCAAAUCAAUCGAAGGCUUACAGAAAUAUUCCCAAUGGAUUUAUAGUAGAUAGUAUCAGGGAUAUUUCUUCCCAAGCAUCUGAAGAUCACAUUGAAGCUACAAAGUCAAAUCACGAUUCUAGUUUUGAAAGUACUGGAGUUGAGGUUGGCAAUGAUUUAUAUGAGCAGAAUAUACCUUCUGAUUUGAAAUAUAAAUCUGGUAAUCACCCUUCAAACCACAAGAACUUUGCUGAUUUAAGAGGAGUUAAGGACAAAGAUGUAGAUAAAUAUCGGACAGAAAGUAAUUUACAGAAUAUAGAUUCACCCUUGUUGUAUCUAAAACCUGGAGCUCCUCAUAAAGAGUAUACUAACUUCGUGUUUUCUACAAGUGGUCCAUUAAAUGUACAAGAUUAUGAAAUUUACGAUGAUAUUUCUACAACAGUGGCACCAAAGCAAUCGACUUUCUCUAGUAGUGCUUGGGAUGAAAGUAGAACUGGUUAUAGUGAUGCUUUUUCACAACCAACAGCGGCUCAGGAAGAUUCAAAUAAACCAAAAAUUGUUCAAAUUAUCAUCCCAUACACAACUGGGCAACAGAAUAAGCAAACGAAUGAAUACGAACAGAACCAGGAGGAAUGGAUAUCGACUCCUGAAGAUGACUACCUAGCUAGGAAAGUUCCGACGAAUACAGAAAAUUAUUACACUGUUGAUUCUAGUACGGAGACUACGCCAAGUACAAUAACAGAGGAGCUAUCUAACACAGAAAAUGAUAAUUACGAAUCAGAGAGAUUGAACACCCAUUCUAUACUAAACGACUUGUAUGAUGUAAAAGAACCUCCCUUUGAUAUUAUAAAACUUCAACAAAAUAUCGAUGAUUGGACCGAACAAGAGUUUUCUAAACGUUUUAAAACUCAAGCUCAACGAACUCGUACUAACGGUAAAUAUGCUAAACAAAUUCCAGAUGAAUAUUUUACUACAAUUAGUCCGAUUACUAAUUCUGUGACCCCUACCACAUAUACUUAUGAUUUUUAUGAUCACGAAGGAUCAAGUAGUAUACGGCAUUUUGUAACUGAGGACGAAAGUCCAAAUACAAAAUCACACAAGGAUAAUAAUAAUAUAGAUAGUACCAGGUCUAAAUUGAAAGACAAAAAUAAAGAUGAUUAUGAAGAUUUGCAAAAGCUUCACAUCUAUACCGCAGCGUCAUCAUUCCGAUCUUCUACCUCUACUCCUGCACCAUGGGAGACGAUUCAAACUUCUAUAUCUCCACUCACAAAAGAAAAGGUGUACGUAGUUACAUCAAAACCAUGGACGGAAUCUCAGAAUAUGACUAUAAACGAUUAUGAACAUAUAACAUCUUUUGAGUCUAAGAAGACGAGUUUAGAUAACGAGGCAUCUGCCUCGGAUAAUCUUCCUUUUCAAUCUCCCAGAUUCUCCAACAGACCCCGUUUUGCGACCGGUGAGAAUAUAGAGUCGGUUAAAUCUGAUUCUUCGUAUGGAUUCUCUAGGAAUUGGCAUCAAAGAAUAAAUGAAUUGGAGAAUAAGAAGAAGAUUAACAAUAGCACAUCGUUUCCAGAAGGAUACACACCCCAUUACAGUGACUGCAGAACCUCCUGAAAACGUCAGUAGUGAGAAAAGUGUAACAAAUAAAUCGAACGAGCAGUGAUUAUGUUGUUACGCAAGUAGUGCUAAUUUACAAAACCAAAUGAAUAAAAACGUGAACAAUUAGAGAUAUAGUGAAAGUGUUUUAAGUGUGCGUGCUUAACGCAUUGACAAUGGAGACAAUAAACUACAAAUUAUAGCGAAUUCAUAGAUUAGAUGUUUUAUAUUGACAAAUUAAGAAGAAUACAGAACGAUAAUUGUAUUGAUGUAUUCUUUUUUAUUUGACAUUAUAUGAGUAUAUAUUGUAAACUGUGUUAUUAUGUAACCAUAUUUUGUAAUGUUUACUAAAAUUAUUUCAUUUUAAAAUUAAGUAUGGUUUCAGUCGCCUAUCAAUUAAUAUGUUGUUCGAAAUAAACCUGUUAUAUUAACUGGAUAAUUCAUGGUCCCCAGUAUUAUAUUUAACUUUAGUUUAUGACUUUGUAAAUAUUUCAAUGACUGAAAAAUACAUCUGUAAAUAAAAUAAUAAUAAAAAAAUAAAUUCA